GGCUAGUGAUUGGUUGCUUUGGGUUUGAAUUGUCAAAUGAUCUUGCUAAAAAGCCUUCAACAAAUGUUUUUAUUUUUUAACUCCUCAAAACAUAUUUUCUUGGGGGAAAAUGAGAAUGGGUUUGAGUGGAAGGCUUAUGGAGUUUAUCAUACUCAUGAUCAUGUUGACAGCAAGAGCAAAAGCAGCAGCAAUUCAACCAAAACCAGGCUGUCAAAGACGGUGCGGUAACCUCAGAGUGCCAUAUCCGUUUGGUACAGAAAAUGGUUGUUUCAUGGAAAAUAAGUUCUUCAUCAGAUGUGACAACACUUCCGAUACACCGAAAGCAUUCUUACAGCGUAGUAACAUCGAAGUGCUAGAUUUCUAUCCCGAUAGUCAGUUGCGCAUCCGUGGCUCCGUAGCCUCUGAUUGUUAUAACUCGUCAGAGCGCUUCUAUUCUGACACUUGGCUCAGGUCCGGUUUAUACAACAUAUCUCAUACCAGAAACAAAUUCACAGCUAUUGGUUGUGACACCUAUGCUUUCAUCCAAGGUUCCAUUGGACAGAGUUAUGCAACUGGUUGUCUAUCAUUGUGUAAUAGAAGGAAUGAUGUGAUCAAUGGAUCUUGCUCAGGCAUUGGCUGCUGCCAAGCAGCUAUCCCAAGAGGAGUGAGGGAUUAUCAAAUCAGCCUCGCUAGUUACUUCAACCAUUCCAAAGUAUUAAGCUUCAACCCUUGCAGCUAUGCAUUUGUCGCAGAGGAUGGGGCCUAUAAUUUCUCGGUUUCAGAUCUCGAUAAUUAUAGUGCGAUGACUAGAGGAUUUCCAAUGAUUCUUGAUUGGACAAUUGGGAAUCAGACUUGCAGUGAAGCGAAAAAGGAUCCUGAAAAUUACGCCUGCAAAGAGAAUACCAUUUGUGAGGAUCCCGAAUUUGGUAAUGGAUAUAUGUGCAAGUGUAUUGAUGGUUUUCAGGGGAAUCCUUACCUCUCGAACGAUUGCCAAGAUAUAAAUGAGUGUGAAACUUCAAAGCCCUGCAAUUCGUCUUGUCAUAAUACAAUUGGAAGUUUUUACUGUUCGUGUCCGGAGGGAUAUGAAGGCGACGGCCGGCAGACUGGAACAGGCUGCACUUAUAAAGUCAAACCUCAGAAUGAGAAAUUUCCAAUUACUCAGAUUGCUAUUGGGAUAAGCAUUGGCAUUUUUGCUCUCUUCUUGUUCAUAUCAUGGUCGUUUUUGGUGUUAAGGCAAAGAAAGAUCCUCAAAUUGAGGGAAAAAUACUUCAAGCAAAAUGGUGGCAUUUUGUUACGGGAACAACUUUCAAAUCGAGAAGGGUACGGAGAAAACGUUAGAAUAUUUGCAGCUGACGAACUCGAAAAAGCAACAAACAAUUACCAUGAAAGUAGAAUCCUGGGACAGGGAGGCCAGGGAACAGUUUACAAAGGAAUACUACCGGGCAAUCGGAUGGUUGCCAUAAAAAAAUCAAGAAUAGGAGAUCAAAGUCAGGUUGAACAAUUCGUCAAUGAAAUAAUUGUGCUUUGCCAAAUCAACCACAGGAAUGUUGUCAAACUCCUAGGAUGUUGUUUGGAAACUCCGGUUCCUAUGUUAGUCUAUGAAUAUGUCACUAAUGGGAGCCUUUUUGACCAUAUGCACAAUGUUGCUGGUGCCUCUUUUCUUCCAUGGGAAACUCGUUUGAGAAUAGCCACAGAAACGGCUGAAGCCCUUUCUUAUUUGCACUCUGCUGCUUGUGUUCCGAUCAUUCAUCGAGACAUCAAGUUGGCAAACAUACUCUUAGAUGACCAUUACACCGCGAAAGUUUCUGAUUUUGGGGCUUCGAGAUUGAUCCCAUCCGACAAGGCACAGAUAACCACAAUUGUGCAAGGAACUUUUGGUUACUUGGAUCCUGAGUACAUGCAUACAAGUCUAUUGACUGAAAAGAGUGAUGUCUAUAGCUUUGGGGUUGUGCUUAUUGAGUUACUAACAGGACAAAAGGUUGUUUGUUUUGAAAGAUCAGAAGAAAAGAGAGUUUUGGCUCUGUACUUCGUUUCUUCAAUGAAAGAGGAUCGCUUGCUUGAAAUUCUCGAUCCUCGGGUGCUUAAUGAUGUAAAUGUUGAGCAGCUCAAGGAAGUAGCAGCUUUGGCUAGGCAAUGUGUGGGAGUGAAGGGAGAGGAAAGGCCGACCAUGAAGGAGGUUGCCCAUGAAUUGGCAGGAUUGCAAGCAAUGGAGAAGUACCAUUGGGGUAAAAGAAAUUUGCAAGCAGAGGAGGCAGAGUACUUGCUUGGCGAAUUGAGCAACACUUGUGGUGAUUAUGCUACUACGUCCAGCUCCAUGGGGUAUGACAGCAUUAAUAACCAAAUCGCAUUUGAACUUGAUGGUGCCCGAUGAAAAUUGUAACUAUUUCUGCUAGAAUGAUGACUGUCUUUUCUUUUUGUUUUUUUUUAUUUGGCUAGUUAUGUGGAAUUUUGUUCUUUAGAUGACUUUAUUUGACAGACACAUGUAAGUUUUUUGUUUAUUUCACAUAUCCCUAAAAUUUAAUUCUUGAAACCAUCAAACAUAUAUCCAUGCUUAUAUCGUGACGAAUAUUGGUUCAUGGCCUCGUGUUCU